AUGUGCGCUUCUCACAUCAGACCGCUGGUCAACCAGCAGGAGGUCGUUCAUGCAUACCGUCAUCUUUACCGACAAGGUCUAAAGGCCAUCGGAUAUGCCACCCCUAGCCGACAUGUCCUUCGAACUACUUUGCGGACUUCAUUUCGCGCUUCUCCACCCGCGGAGUUCAACCCGUCAAGAAUCGCCAAUACCCUCCGCUUUCUCGAACGUGCCACCGACAUGACGGGCCUGGAACAUAAGAUUCUCAAGAACUUACUGUUAUCUCGGUAUUGGGAACUGCCGCAGAUUGCCAAAGAGAGUCGCAUUCUACGAAGCCUCGGACUUGGCAGCGCAGAGCACCAACUACGGAAGAGCGCCUAUGACCAACUCGAUUUGACAGUCGAGCGUUUGAAUGAGAGCCUAGGAAUAUGUCUCAAGUGA